CCCACAUCCCCGCCCCGCGGCCCCGCUCCCGCGCCGCCGCCGGUACCGGUCGGGCCGAGGGCGCUCAGGGUUUUCCCGGCGGGGCGGCGAGCGCGGGGUGCCCUGGGCCCGGCAGGCAGGAUCUCGGCGGAGCCCCGCGCGGCGGGCCCGUUUCAGCCCAGAGAACUCGCCCACCGGUUGCGGGGAACGGGCCGAGCCCGGCGGCUCCGGGCCCUGUGCUCGCCCACGCUCGGGUGCGCCCGGUCCCGUCUCUUCGCGGGCUCUCCCCGACCCGAACCUCCUGCGGGCCCGGCCCGGUCUCACGGGAAGCGCUGGGCGGGCAGCGCCCGCGCCCGCCUCGGCUCUGCCGCCCCCCCGGGCCCGGGGGCAGCCGGGUCCGGCGGUGCCGCGCUUCCCGACGAGGCGCCCCGAUGGGCCCCGCUCCGGUGGCCGCGGCCCUUCUGUCCCCGCCGCCGGGGCCGCAGAGCGGGCAGGGACGGGCCCGGCGCGCCGGGGGAUGCGGGUGCCGCAUCGCGGAGGGGCGGUAGCGGGGCUGGUCCCCGCGGCCGGGCGGGCCCGGGGCUUCCUGCGACGGCGCCGGGCAGGAAGCGGCUGUUGGCGACGGCCUUCCUGCUCCGGGGGCCCCGGCGGCGAGGAGCGGGCGGUGCUGGGUCCUGGCCCGGCCAGGGCCCCGGUCCUUCCCCGCCGCACGCCGCGGUGCGGAGCGCCGGGCCGGGGGCUGCCCCAGCUCCGCGCCCCCGGACGGUCCGGGCUCCGGGGCGCCGCUUCCCGGCGGGGCGGAGCGGGGGGCGGGCGGCCCUGGCGGGGUGACCGCGGGGGACGAGCAGGGCCGGCCUGGGCCCGCAGCCCCGCAUCCUGCCCUGGCCCGCAUCUGAUGCCUUCGGAGCUUCGCUGAGUCAGUCGGGGCGGGAUCCCGGCGUCCCCCCGACCUUCCCGCGCAUUGGCUCGGGAGCAGGCGGGCAGCGCUGGGCCGGGCCGGGGGCCGGGAUAAAUCCCCGCACGCAGCCCCAGCCCGGCGGCAGCGGUCCCGGCGGCGGGAGGAUGCUCCUCAGGGUGCGACUCCUCUACUGCCUGCUCCUUCCUCUGCUCCAGCGGGCUCACCUGGACCCUCCGGCCUCCCCUCGGAGGAUGCUCUGGCAGGGUUUGCCAUACGCUUCCCUGUUCGUGGGACUGGUGUUUGCUCUCCUCCGGUUGCAAAGGCCAAGUCAGAGCCAGGAGGCUCCUUCUCCCCUUUCCCUGGAGUGGCACGCCAUGGCAUGGCAUGCUGGGGCCACUCUGGCUUAUGCCCCAAAGCUGGGUGGGCACUGGGGCUGUCCCUGGCUGCGCAGCCCUGGCACCCUAUGUCUCCUUGCUGCAGGGCGUGGGGACAUCGAGUAUGGGGACCUCAAGGAUGAAGUCCCGCGGGUCCUGUCAGUGCCAACGGCACCGUCUGCACUUCCAGGUCUCUACCUGUACCUGGACGAGGAUGAACCGCCGGAGGUGCUGGGGGGGCCAGCCCGCUGCCAGGACACCUACCAGGACUGGAUCUCCCUCUACUGCUGGGCCCCCUUCCACGCCACCCUCAUGGCCAUCCCUGAGAGCAGCCGCUGCCACUGGGACCAGAUUGGCAGGCUGGCCUCACACCGCCCCCUCUGCAGCAUCUACAGUGAGCUCUCCGGCUGCACGCAGCUGCUGGCCCAGCUGCUUUCCUGCCCCUGGCCCAGCACCGUCCUCGAUGCCUUCUUCCUGCAGGUCCACGCUGAAUACUUCACCAACUGCACGGGUGGUGUGCCCCCCAGGCUGGGUGGCUUGCCCCCUGGGAUGGCCAUGGCUGUGGCCGUGGGGCUCAGCUGCCUCGUGCCCCUUGCAGCUGCCCUCACGCUCCGCAGAGCCCGGAAAGGGGCUCAACCCCCAGCAGGCAGCAGCCUAGCCCCUGCCUGCCCCCACGCCUGCAAGUGGCCACAAGCAGCCCCCUUCCCUCCCAGCACUGGGAACUAACGAGCAGGACGAGUGGGCUGAGGGUGAAGGGGACAGUGGGGAGCAGGGACAGGGGUCUGGGCGUCCCUGGGGAGGGACUGGGUCCUGUGGCAUGGUAGGGGGAGGCUAGGCCCAGGGCUCCAAAUGCCUGCAUCUGCUCUGAGGGUGGGGAGCAUCAGGAAAAGGGUCCUGGGCACCAGGGUCCUGACUCUGCAUGGGCUGAGCCCCUUCUUCAGCACCCCGGGGUGGGGGCUGGCAGGGAGCGCUGGGGAUGCCAGGCUGGGGGUGGGGAGCCCCAGGCCUUGGCUGGCAGCCACCGUCCCACCCCUGCCCAUCCCAUCCCUGCCCAUCCUCUCCAGAUGCCCCAGGAGGGGGGCGGCCGCCCCGGCCCCGGGGCCACGCUGAGAUCAUUGGGUGUCUCCCUGGCAGGGGCUCCUGCCGCCCGGCUGGAGGCUCCAGCGGCUCCAACAAAGAGCAGGACCAGGGGCUCCAACCCUGCGGCCCCCAGAGCGCCAGGGCCUGAUGGCUUCCAGAUGCGGCCAUGAAGGUCCCGUGGUGCCCUGGGGUGGCGGCUGCCGCAGUCCACGGAGAGUCAGGCGGCUCUGCCAGACCAUUUGCAGGGGAGCAUGAAGCCUGGGAAGAUUGUCUUUCUGCAUCAGGGAGGGUCCCUCUGAGCUGCACUUUAUCACACUCCGAUUCACGCUCUGCACGUCCCACGGGCAGGCUGUUAAAGGGAAAGCUUUGGGCUCUCAGUCUGCCCUGGGCCAGAGGUGAAAUGAGCUCACCCGGCCUCAGCCCGGUCCUUGGGCGGGCAUGCGGCAGACCCGCAGGGCUGGGGUUGUCUUCGGUCGUGCUGCUCGGUGGGGGAUGUGAGCCCUGCAGGUGGGAGCUGUGCCAGGAGCGAGGGGCUCCGGCAGAGCCAGGCAGGCGCCAGGCUGGGUGGUGCGGGAGGAAGGCGUCAGGGCCAAGGACUGGCAGCAUUGGCCAAGUCUCUGCCCUCUCCCCCGCUCCCUGCCUGCAUCGGCCUCGUGCCUAUGAGCAGGUCGUGCCACUGCCUUUCCCUCCCCGGCUGCAGGCAGGGGCCAGGGCUGCCCCAGCGAUGCUGUCUGUGGGGCAGGUGCCCGGGUGAGCCUGAAGCCACGGUGUCGGGGCCAUGGGCCCCCCGCCACCCCCACACCCAGGCGGCAGUGCCUGUCCGGGGACAUUACGCUUUCCCGUCCACUCCCUCCGGCUGCCGGGCUGCCUGCCCUCCACGCAGGAGACGAGGGAUUU